GAUUGAGACCGGUACCUAUAUCCGAUUCCCGAGAUUUGAAACCCUGCACUUUGCCCUUUUAAAUUUACAUUUUAUUCAAAUUAAAAGAUCCAAGUUUUGAGCGGGAAUUUUCACGGAGUAGAACAAUCAAGGAUCCUCUACUCCUCGGCUCUCGCUUUUGGAUCUGCAGUCGUGCAAGUCGAUAGAAAUUGUUCGCACUCGGAAGCUGACCUCUGUGCUGGGAAAGAAGGGAAAACUAGGGUUCCUCUUCAGAGUAAGAUCAAUUAACAAGCUUACUCGUCAGCCCUCUCCUCUCUCGGAUUCCAGCUACAAUUCGAAGAGAACACGAGGGAAUUUGUUCUAAUAUUGCUGCUGUUUAUCAAUGCCAUGUAUCAUUGAAUGCGGGAAAUGAGAGGUACUUGUUUGAAGAUCGAAAACCCCAUUCAAGACGCUAUCUCCACAAUCAGAUUCGCUCCUCGUUCCAAUAAUCUCCUCAUCUCGUCAUGGGACUCUGUUCUCCGAUUAUACGACGUAGAUAAUUCUGUAUUGAGGUUCGAAGCUUCCACCGAAGCCGCACUUCUUGAUUGUUGCUUCCAGAAUGAAUCUGUAGCCUUCAGCGCGGGUACUGAUGGUUGCAUUAGGAGGUAUGAAUUUGAUUCUGGAGUCACUGAAAUAAUCGGGAAUCACGAUGAUUUAUCAACAUGUAUUGAAUUUUCUGAGGCAACUUGCCAAGUAAUCACUGCAGGUCUUGACAAGAAAAUUAUGUCCUGGGAUUUGCGCAUAAAAAAUGGUGGUGGACACUCAAUAUUUGUGAGUUCAGAGGUGGACACGAUGUCUCUCUGUGGGAUUUAUAUGUUAGUAGCCAUUGGAAGAUCAAUUAAUGUGUAUGACUUACGUAGUCUAGAAGUACCUGUUAAAGAAAAUGACUCAAAUAUGGACUAUCAAAUACGAUGUGUUAGCUCAUUUGCUAAUGGCGAAGGAUAUGCAGUUGGAUCAAUUGAUGGACGUGCAGCACUAAGGUCACUCAGUCCAUCCAAGGCAAAUGAAAUGGGAUGUGUUUUCCGGUGUCACCCAAAGUCAAGGGAUGGAAGACAUCAUCUUGUCACGGUGAAUGACAUUGCAUUUCAUCCAAACUGCUAUGGUGCCUUUGUUACUGGUGAUAAUGAUGGCUAUGCUAUCAUGUGGGAUGGUAAAAGUAGGAAGAGACUAUUUGAGUACUCCAGCAGUGUGGCAUCCUUAUCAUAUAAUUGUGAGGGACAAAUUCUGGCUGUUGCUUCGAGCUAUACAUAUCAGGAGGCGAAUGAAAUAGAAACGCCUCCUCAAAUUUUCAUAAAAAGAAUGGAUGAAAAUGAUAUGGCAUCAGUUUCUGCUGAAAGUUCAAGUUCUAGACAGUGAAUUGCUUCACCAUGAUAAAGUUGUUGAUGAAAGGGUGCUGCAUUCAUUCGUUCAUUGCUUGCAUCUACCUUCGGUUGGACGUCAAUUUUGAAGACCCUUAAAGGUUACAGUAUUGUAUCCCAAUGGUACCGAGUUGUUGAACCAACCAACCUGAUAUGUGCGAUACAUUAUUUCAUCGCAAAGAAAAGGGUGACUCGAACACAAAUGAUUGUAAGAACUCAUGGUGUUCAAUACAACAGAACCACUCAAUAAAGUGCCUAGCCAUGUUUAUGUUUC